AUGACAGUCAUUUUUUUUUUUCUUUCAUUUAUUCUUUCUUUCUUUCCUUCUUUCUUUCUUUCUUUCUUUCUUUUAUUUUCUCUUUCUUUCUAUUUACCGUCUGCCUUUUUAUUUUUCCUUGGUCUCUUUUUACGUAGCUCUCUUUCAUGUUUUCUUUCUCUCUUUUUACCUUCCUCUCUUUUAUUUUCUUUCUUUCUUUCUUUCUUUCUUUCUUUCUUUUUACCUUCCUCUCUUUCAUUUACUCUUUCUUCCAUUUUACUUUCCUCUCUUUUAUUUUCUCUUUCUUUCUUUUUAAUUUCCUCUCUUUUUUCUCUUCCUCUCUUUUUACCUUCCUCUCUCUUAUUAUCUUUCUUUCUUUUUCCUUUCUCUCUUUUAUAUGCCCUUUCUCUUUUUUUGCAUGCCUUUUCUUUUUCGCUCUAUUUUAAUUCCUCCAAUCUCUUUCAUUUUUUUAUUUUCUAUUUUCUCUCUUGUCCUUUUUUUUUCAUCUUUUCUUUCGAUCUUUAUUCCUUCUUUUCUUUUCUCUCGUUCGCCCUAAUUUCGCCUUCAUUCCUUCGAUCUUUCUCUCCUUCUAUUCCCUCUUCUUCCUCUUCUUCUUCCUCUUCUAGAAUUUCCUCUUUCAAUCCUUUUUUCUUUCUAUCUCCCUUUUCCCUCUUUUUUCAACAUCAUCUCUUUUACUCUCUCUCUCUCUCUCUCUUUCGAUCGUUUUAUCUUUCUUUCUCUGUUCAUAUCUAUCUAUCUAUCUAUCUAUCUAUCUAUCUAUCUAUCUAUCUAUCUCAGUCUGUUCAUAUCUAUCUAUCUCAGGCUGUUUAUAUAUAUGUAUGUAUGUAUGUAUGUAUGUAUGUAUGUAUGUAUCUAUCUAUCUAUCUAUCUAUCUAUCUAUCUAUCUAA